GUUGACCUCGAAUCGAGAUUUGGUAGCGCCAUCGCUGCUAAAUGAUGCGGCUACGCCUGCAGUUGAUUCAAUCUGUGUAGCUCGCGCCCCCCCCGACCUCGAGAAGCUUUCUUGUUGUCACCUACCGCCCGUCCGUGGACAUCACCCGCUCUGACGGCCCUGUCGCGGAGCUAAUAAACUUUCCACCCGCCUCUACAUCAGGCCUUCAGACUCCUGAGACGCGCCUUCCGUUUGGCGCCUCCGGCUGAAGCCAUCGCCACGGGCCGAAAAUCCCUGCAAUUACGAUUGCGCCGCGCCGACCCCACCAGUCGCCAACGAGUACAGUUUGGGAUUGAGCAGACUGCUGUUCCACAGCGAUCCGGCCCAUCAUGGACGAGCUCUUCGAUGUCUUCGAUGAGCCGCCCAAGCAGGCGGCUGAGGCCGUAGAUUCCCCGGCGGCCGCCGUGACAUCCCCGUCUGCAAGGUCCAAGUCAUCGAGGAAGGAAAAGACGGACAAGAAGAAAGACAAGAGCAAGAAGCGAAAAGCAGAUGGACACAUGAAGAACGGCACGUCUCCCGACGCAGAUGUCGAAAUGGCCGACGGCGAAGAGGCCUCCAACGAGGAGGAGGAUGGCGAGGAGGAACAACCAGAUCAGGAGCAGAACGAAGACAAUAACCAGGACCCGAAGCGACGGAAGAAGGAGAGCGAGGCGGAUCCCGUGAUGGCAGAUACGUUCACCACCGCCGAGUCGAGAGAGCUUGCUGCCGCCGAAGGUUUCGCCCCGGCAAAAGGAGAGGAAGCGGAUAAGGCCCUCACUAUUGCGCACAACAUCCAACAUCAGGUCGCCCUGCCGCCAGAUCUGGAUUACGAAUACGUUCCGCUUUCGAGUCACAAGCCACCCGCAGAGCCCGCGAGGACCUACAGCUUCAAGCUGGACCCGUUCCAGAGCUUGUCUGUGGCUUCGAUCCAAAGGGAUGAGUCGGUCCUCGUCUCAGCCCAUACCAGUGCAGGAAAGACGGUGGUUGCCGAGUAUGCGAUCGCACAAUGUUUAAAGAACAAGCAAAGGGUGAUCUACACGAGUCCCAUCAAGGCGCUUAGCAACCAGAAAUAUCGAGAUUUUCAGGCAGACUUUGGCGACGUGGGACUGAUGACCGGAGAUGUUACCAUUAACCCGACUGCAAGUUGUUUGGUCAUGACAACCGAAAUUCUUCGAUCCAUGUUAUACCGCGGCUCUGAGAUCAUGAGAGAGGUGGCGUGGGUUGUAUUUGACGAGAUCCACUACCUCCGGGACAAGAGUCGUGGUGUUGUGUGGGAGGAAACCAUCAUAUUGCUGCCAGACAAGGUCCGAUAUGUUUUCUUGUCCGCGACAAUCCCCAACGCCUUCCAAUUUGCGGAGUGGAUUGCCAAAAUACACCGUCAAGCGUGUCACGUCGUUUACACGGACUUCCGGCCAACGCCUCUGCAGAACUACUUUUUCCCAGCUGGCGGCGAGGGUAUAUUCCUUGUCGUUGACGAGAAGAGUAAUUUCAAGGAGAACAACUUCAACAAGGCUAUGGCCCUUAUUGAACAGAAGAAGGGCGCGGACCCCGCGGACCCUAACGCGCAGAUGAAGGGGAGAGGAAAGAACAAGAAAACGAAUAAGGGCGGCAAGUCCGACUCGCAGUCAGAUAUCUCGAAGAUCAUUAAGAUGAUCAUGAAGCGCUCAUUCCACCCUGUCAUCGUCUUCAACUUUAGCAAGCGGGAUUGUGAGGCAAUGGCUCUCGCCAUCUCACACAUGACGUUCAACAACGCGUCUGAAAAACAACUGGUUCGAGAAGUGUUUCAGAGCGCCAUCAACCAGCUGGCCGAGGAAGAUCGGGCGCUGCCACAAAUUACACACAUUCUCCCCCUUCUGGAAAAGGGCAUUGGUGUCCAUCAUUCUGGUCUCCUGCCCAUCUUGAAGGAGACCAUCGAGAUUUUGUUCCAGGAGGGCUUGAUCAAGGCGCUGUUCGCUACCGAGACUUUCUCCAUUGGUUUGAACAUGCCGGCAAGGACAGUUGUGUUUACGUCGGUUAUGAAGUUCGACGGAGUGAGGCAACGACCCCUGACGACUGGCGAGUACAUUCAAAUGUCCGGUCGUGCUGGACGACGAGGUCUAGAUGACCGCGGUAUUGUUAUCAUGAUGAUUGACGACAAGCUCGAGCCCGAGACGGCAAAGGGCAUUGUGGCCGGUGAGCAAGACAAGCUCAAUUCGGCAUUUUACCUGGGCUACAACAUGGUGCUCAAUCUACAACGAAUCGAGACCAUCUCGCCCGAGUUCAUGCUCGAGCGAUGCUUCUACCAGUUCCAGAACGCUGCAAGCGUGCCUGGCCUGGAGAAGGAGCUCAUCGCCCUGCAGCAGGAGCGGGAUAACAUGGUGAUCCCUGAUGAGAACACAGUCAAGGAAUACUACAACCUGCGAAAUCAGAUCGAGGACUACACCAAAGACAUGGUCGCGGUAAUACAGCACCCCAACUACUGCACUGAAUUCCUCCAGUCUGGACGAUUGGUACAAAUCAAGACGCCGAGCGGUGAGGAUUUCGACUGGGGUGUUAUCAUCAACUUCGUGUCUCGUCGAUCGCCCAAAGCCGGUGAGCCACCACACCGGCCCCAGGAGUCCAUUUUCAUUGAUGUCCUCCUGCGGCUGGAUGGCGAGAGCAACGAUGUCAAGCGCAUCCAACCUUCCAGCGGUGUCAUGCCACCCGGGGUUCGCCCAUUUGUGGAGAGCAGGUCCAAGACCUGCAGGUACGAAGUUGUGCCGGUGCUUCUCAACUGUGUUAAGGCUUUCGGGCAGAUUCGUCUCUUUGUCAAGGGCGACCUCAAGACGGAGCAGGAGAUGGGCCACUGCGGAAAGAACCUGGAAGAGGCCAAGCGACGAUUCCCUGAUGGCAUCCCCAUCCUCGAUCCUAUCGAGAACAUGGGCAUCACUGAUGAUUCGUUCAAGAAGCUCAUGCGAAAGAUCGAGGUUCUCGAGUCGCGGCUGUUGUCAAACCCUCUGCACGGCUCACCUCUUCUUCCCGAGCUAUGGGAGCAGUACUCCAAGAAGGUGACCUUGACUGAUAAGAUUAAGGAGAAGAAGAAGGCCAUCGCCAAGGCACACAGCAUCGCCCAGCUCGACGAGCUCAAGUCCCGCAAGCGUGUACUCCGCCGCCUGGGUUUCAUCAACGACGCCGAGGUCGUGCAGAUGAAGGCCCGCGUGGCGUGCGAGAUCUCGUCGACCGAGGGCCACGAGCUGCUCCUCUCGGAGCUUCUGUUCAACCGCUUCUUCAACGAGCUGACACCCGAGGUGUGCGCGUCGGUGCUCAGCGUCUUCAUCUUCGACGAGAAGGUGGAGACACAAGAGCUGAAGGAGGAGCUGAUGAAGCCGUACCGCGAGAUCCAGCGCCAGGCCAGGAUCAUCGCCAAGGUCAGCCAGGAGAGCAAGCUCGAUGUGAACGAGGACGAGUAUGUGCAGAGUCUCAAGUGGCAGCUCAUGGAGACUGUAUACGCUUGGGCACAGGGCAGGCCAUUUGCAGAGAUUUGCAAAAUGACGAACGCCUACGAAGGCUCACUUAUCCGCCUGUUCCGACGUCUGGAGGAGCUGCUGCGACAGAUGGCCCAGGCCGGCAAGGUCAUGGGCAGCGAGGAGCUGAGCAAGAAGUUUGAGGAGUCCCUCAACAAGAUCAAGAGGGACAUCGUGGCGGCCCAGAGCUUGUACCUUUGAUUGUGCUCACAGACGGGAGCAAAGCAUCUUUAUUCGGCGCUGCCGCCAUCUCGGGUUUUGGCUCGUGCCCAUUGGACAGGAGUUAUUGGACUGGAAAAUACCAUUAUCAUCAUAGCGGCGUAGGUAAUGCGGUGUAGAGAUCCACGUAGCAAUGAACCGAAAUGCAGUCGUUGACUGACUUGAACGCUGAUGUGCGUUUAACUCAUCUAAACUUUCAGACACCCUCAGUAUGUCCUAUUUGUUACUACUGGUAACCUCUCAAGCGCUCUGGUGUAAAUCACACCAGCCAUCUCGCUAGUGUUGAUGAUCGACCAUUCAAAAACCGCACAGUGCAGUACUGCCGUCCACUUCAAGGUGGCCCCUGGGACGUACGGCCAGGCAGAUCACUAACCAAUAGCCCGGAUAGUGCCAAUAAGCAAGCUCAGCACGAACCCGAAAUAGACAAACACCCUCAUCCGCUUGGGGAUCUUCUCCUCGUCCCGCACGAGCCACCCGAUCGCCCCGAGCGGCCACACGAACCCGAUGAACAUGCCCUUGAGCAGUAUGUCCAGCACGCCCGCGACGCCAAACUCCUCGCCCCCUCCGGCGGCGGCGGCGGCGGCUGCCUCGGCCUCGUCGCCGUCAGCCGGCAUCGCGGCGGGCGCGGCGUCGUUGUUGUUGUCGAUCCAGGCGUCCUCCAUGCCGCGCAGCGUGUCGGGGCUCGGCAGGGUGUCGGCCGUGUGCCGCGCCUCCUGGAUCGACCGGAACUGCAGCCGCAGCUGGUUGACCUCGGCCGCGGUGAAGCCCGCCGAGAGCAGCCUGUCGAAGCCGCGCGGCGUCCGCUGUCGCUGCUGUUGGUCCUGGCCCGCUGCGCCGGACCCCGCGCCGCCGGGCAGCGGUGAGCGGCUCGGGGGGUAGGGCGACGACCGCCCCGUCGGCUGCUGCUCGGGCACGGGCUCCUCUGCCCUCCGCCUCUCCUCGUCCAGCUCGGCGUCCGUGAGGAGGUCGCCGAUGCUGCAGUUCACGUAGACCCUCUGGGCGCCGGCGCCGCCCUCGACCGCCUUCCCCUUCCCCUUGGGGUCAUGUUCCUCCUUGGCCGCGGCUGCCGAUGGCGGGGGCGGAAGGACCUUGAGGACGGAGCCGAGGACGGCGGUGUCCGGGAGGAUCUUGCCGCUGUGGAUGAAGCGCAGGCGGCGCUGGGAGUUGGGCUGCUCGAGGCGCGAGCGGAUCAGGUGCUUGAGGGCGGCGACGGUGGUGCGGCCCGGGUGGGGGAUGUCCAGGAGGAGGUCGGGGAUGGACGUCGAGAAGCGGACGGUGAGGAGGAGGGGCGGCGUGUACUGGGGCUUGGGCGGCGUGUGGCCGCCAUGGUGUGGUGCGAGUGAGGCCGUCUUGAGCGGCGGUAGAUGGUGGCUGUGGCGUGGUUUGGUGGGCGAGGAGGACGAACUGCUGCCGCCGCCUCCACUCAUCUUGGCUAUAAUGGCAAGGCGAUCAGUGGUACCAUCUUCUGGCACAUGGUGUACAAGGUGAUUGCUUGAUGCACCGGUUGACUGGGAAUGAG